UUUAGUUCGAGCGGUCGUCACCAUGGAGAGUGCUUGCUGUUGGAAUAUAUUUUUUAUUACGAUAUUGUCGUGUUAACUUUGUGAUAUUUUGUUUUUUAGUAUGUACAUUGUAAUAGUAAAGUUUGUUUUAUUAUUGGAGACGAUGAAUUUGCGUCAUAUUAUUAUCAUUCGUUAAAAAGAAGAGAAAUUUCAUUUUUCUAACAAAUUGUUUUAAAAAUAUUUCAGAAUGAAUGGAGGAAUGGAGCAUAGAACUCCAGGUCAUAAUGCUGUGCUUCACAAAGCACCUAAAAAUUAUAAAUUGCUCAUGGAUCCGUGCCUUGUUAAAGGAGCAACAAAAUUGUACAGAUAUGAUGGUUGUGUGCCAGGAGAUGCCAGUUAUCCUCCGGUUCAAUGCAGAGAUCCCCGGUCGCAACUAUCAAGGAUAUGGAAUAAGAUAGAAUCAGCAGAUUUACCAAUUCCUAGGUUUAAGAUAGAUAAAAAUUAUGUAGGCGUACCUCCUCAAGUAGAAAUUACAAUAGGGAAUUUAAACGACAACAUAGAUAAGGCGUUUUUGUCAGAUAUGAUGAAUAAAGUUGGACCAUAUGAAGAAUUGACAAUAUUUUAUCAUCCCGCUACUCAAAGACACUUAGGUUUUGCAAGAAUUGUAUUUCAAGAUGUGCAGUAUUCUAAAUUAUGUAUUGAUAAAUAUAAUGGAAAAUCAGUUAUGGGUCAGGUGCUGGAGGUAUUUCAUGAUCCAUUUGGCAAGAAAUGUCAGGAAAUGUUUGAGGACAAGACAAUGGACAGAAAAGCUCAGCCAGUUGCAUCGUCAACUUCAAAACUGCUAAUACCGGAAGAUGGUCGCUUAUCCAAGACUGAGGUGCUAAGUAAAAGACUUGAAGAUACUAAGUUGGCUGAUAAGGAGGUAUACUCCCGUUACAAGGAGGACCACAGUGACAGCAACACACGCUGGUCUGACGAGGAGCGAGAGUACAGACAUAGACACCGCAGCCGCAGUGAGCGGGACAGAGAUAGAGAUGGUGAUAGAGACAGAGAUAGAGAUAAAGAACGGCAUAGAGAGCGAUACGCGCGAAGUACGAGCGACAACAAUGAUACAGCGUACGCGGCACCGAGUCACAGCUCUGGACACGCCUCCGCACACACGCCAGCGCAGACGUCGAGCCACGCCGCAUCGCACACCGCACCGCACACCGCACCGCACACCGCACCGCACGCUGCGCCGCACGUCGCACCGCACGCCGCGCCGCACGCCGCACCGCACGCCGCACCGCACACCGCACCGCACGUCAGCCACCCACCCGCCAUGCCGCCAGCAAUGCCCACAGAAGUGCCUUACACACCCACUGGACCAUUACCCUAUGACCCCUACUACCAUCAACAAAGCUACGCGUAUGGCUACGGAGCGAGUCCCGCGCCGGGCGCGAGCAGUAUGUGGUGGGAUUGGAGACAUCCCCACCACCCCUCACAUCAUCACACACCACACUCGGAGAGGCGGUCGGAGUCGUGGGCGACGCCCACAGCGACCGGCAAGCGCUCCCCGGAAACCAAGCCCAAGAAGACUAAGGAAAAGGAAUUGCCAGUGGAGCCAAAGAGUAUAGAAAAUGUGGAGCCCCCGCCCCCGGGGGUGGGCAGCGAAGGGGCGCCUGAACCAAAACCACCCCCACCCGCUGAGGAGCCGAAAAAUGUUGAUCUUGACACCAGGAUCGCGAUGUUGCUCUCCGGUGCCAGCGCAGGCGGCGGGCUGGCGCCUCCGUUCCUCGCGCUCGGCAUAUCCUCGGAGGAAGAGGACGACGAGCGUCUGCCCGUCAAAAUACCGGACCUGGACAUGAACCAACCACCAUCUGAUGAUGAAGGAUCGGAGAGUGAAGACAGAGAGAGUAUAUUAUCAUUGAACUCUAAGAAGGAUGUAAACCCGGAACCUUUGUCGACCACACCCUCGCCCUUCCUAACCAGAGACUACUAUCUCGAGUGUCUACAGGACACUAUUGAAAGGAGAAUUAAAGAAGAAGAACGUAAGAAGUUACUAAGCGUGGAGACGGGAGAUAAAUUGGGUUCGGAUAUAUCGUCGUCUGAGGACGAGCUGCUGACGGGUGAGGAGCGGCGCCGCUCCCCUGCGCACGCGCCCGCCUCCGCCUCCGCCUCCGCCUCAGCCGCACCUUCCGCCUCCGCCUCCGCACACGCCUCCGAUAAAGAUAGAGAUAACCUUGAUGAUGACCAGAUGUCGCUGUCGUCUCUGUCAUCGACGGAGGCCAAGAUUGAGGAGCAGGUGCCUGCGGAGGGGUACUUCUAUCCGCACCCGCACGCGGCGCAGCCACACCCGCAUGCGCACGCGCACCCGCACUACUACCAGCAUAUGUGGCCACCUACAGCGUACCCUCCGCCGGCGUACGCGGGGGCGGGGCCGGGGGCGGAGAUGGCGCUGGCGUACGGGGGCGGCUACCCCGCACCAGUAAUGCCGCACCACUACCCGCACCACGCCUACCCCCAGCCAGCGCAACACGCACAGGAGCUAGACAACCCUUACUUCUUGACAAUAAACAGGGUGAUAGACCGCGUUACGACGGAAUUAAAGCAAAUACUGAAGAAGGAUUUCAACAAGAAGAUGAUUGAAAGUACAGCGUUCAAGAGUUUCGAAGUAUGGUGGGACGAGCAGAGCAGGAAAGUGCGAGCACCCAAGACAAAGGAGGAUACGGGGCAACCGUUACAGGAUAUUUCUAAUAAGAAAGAAGAAACAGUGGACUCUAUUAAGUCUAUUAUGGAGUCUAGAGACCUAGGUCUAGAACUAGGUGGGUAUGGGGUCGGUAUUGGCCUAGGUCUCCGCGCCACUAUACCUAAGAUGCCGAGCUUCAGACGUAAGAGGAAAAUACCUUCUCCCGUUGUUAUGGAUGAAGAUUCUUCCAAACGUCUUAGUGAUCAGGAAGAAAUGGUGCAGAAUUCUGACGAGGAGAAGGAAGUGCCAACCAGUCCGAGGAGUAGGACGACAGGGUCUUAUCUAUCCACCAACAGAAGACGACAGUCCAGCAGUUCUUCCAGGUCAUCUUCAUCAUCAUCAUCCCGGUCGUCAUCAUCAGACUCUGUGUCGGCGGGUAAAGGCGCUGCGCCUCGCAUCUACUCUGACUCCGAUGAUGACUCCGAACUUGAUGAGUCUCAGUUUAAGGUUGUGGCUAAUAAUAAGGAAAGGCUCAGAAGGGUCUACUCGUCAUCGGACAGUGAAGAAGAACAAAGUAGAAGAGAAAAAACUCCAAUACCACCAGUGGAGAUGGACGAGGCGGGCGAGGAGAUAGCGCCUAGUUCGGAGCGGCUCGGCUCACCAAUACUGUCUCCGGAGGAGGAACCUCGAGACUUGCUCCUCGAUCGGGUCUACUCCGACUCGGAAGAGGAGAGAGAAUACCAGGAAAGAAGAAGAAGAAAUACAGAAUAUAUGGAACAGAUAGAAAGGGAGUUCCUAGAAGAACAGAGGAGAAAGUUGGAAGGCGACACGAGGCCACAGCCAGACAAACCGCCUGAUGAUGGUAAAUUAGACAGUAUGGCAGAAGAAAGAAGUAGUCCAAUCAAGAAUCAUUUGAAAUCACCUGAGAAAAGUAAAAAGGCAGACGUGGAAGAGGGAGAGAUCACUUCAGACGAGGAACCGCUGGAGAUCCGGCGGAAGAAGGAGAAGAAGCAGAAGAAGAAAGAAGAUAAGAGACGAAGAGUGGUGUCCGUUAGUGAUGAACAUAGUUACACGGAAUCUGGCAUCGGUCUCAAUGGUGUUAAAGAUACAAGCUGCGCUUUGUCAGAGACGUCAUCGCCGCAGUCGCAGGCGUCACAAGCGUCGCAGGCAUCACAAGUGGCACUCGACCACUCCUACUGCCGACCACCUCCUGACCUGCAGCCAGCCACACCCACCACUCCCACAACACCCACACGACUCUCUAACCAUCUGCACCACGACCACGGGUACACAUGGAUGGCGGAACCGAAGAGUGACACGCAACAGGAAGAAAUCAAGCCCAAGAAAGAGAAGAGACCGUACAAACGCAAACACGAGACCAAGAAGUUGGCAGAGAUACAAAACAAACUACACGAGACGGUGGAAAGUGGUGCAUCAAGUCCUGAAGCAGUAUCUCGGGGUGUGACAUUCCCGGCGCGAGACAUGAUGGCGGAGAUGCAAGUUAUGUACGAGUUCCUGACUCGAGGUGUGGACCGUGAGGAUGUACGUCUGCUGCGACGAGCGUACGAGGCGUUACUGGCGGAGGAUGCACACGGAUACUGGCUCAAUGACACACAUUGGGUCGAUCAUCCCCCCACCGAUGUAGUCUAUGCCCCACCACCACGCAAGAAGUACAAGCGUCAACCCAACAUGUAUGAAGACCUACAGGGCCACUCUAGCGGUGCAGCGCGUACUGAGGGUUACUACAAGAUGGAGGCGCGGCUGAAGGCCAAAUACAAGUAUCACCAUGGACGUGGAGCUGCUGGAGAUGACAAGCGUCCCAGCAAGAUGCAGCUCUCUCGUGAAGCUCGCUCCAACCAGCGCAGGCUGCUCACCGCAUUCGGUACGGACACUGACUCCGACUUGCUCAAGUUCAAUCAGUUGAAGUUCAGAAAGAAGCAGCUGAAGUUUGCCAAAUCCGGUAUACACGACUGGGGUCUUUUCGCACAGGAGCCGAUAGCUGCGGACGAGAUGGUGAUAGAGUACGUUGGUCAGAUGAUCCGGCCGAUAGUUGCGGAUGUGCGCGAGGCUCAGUACGAGGCCACAGGCAUCGGCAGCUCCUAUCUCUUCCGGAUAGAUCUCGACACCAUCAUAGAUGCUACCAAGUGCGGCAACCUCGCCCGCUUCAUCAAUCACAGCUGCAACCCAAAUUGCUACGCAAAGAUAAUAACGAUAGAGUCUCAAAAGAAAAUCGUGAUAUACUCGAAGCAGCCGAUAGGAGUAGACGAGGAGAUCACAUACGACUACAAGUUCCCUCUAGAAGACGAGAAGAUACCCUGUCUGUGUGGAGCGCCACAGUGCAGGGGCUUCCUCAACUAAGCCACGCCCCGCACAGGGGAUGAGACAAAUAGGACAGGAGAUGAGACAGUGCAGGAAAUUACAUAUGUCAGUGCUUCUCCAACUUUUUAUUUUGGACACUAUGG